AUGGAAAAUAAGGCAUUGAGAAAUCACGUAAUCAAAAGUCUCCAAGAAAUCGACUCGGACAACUGCGAGUUACAAUGCUACCUUGAGCCGAACUGUGUAUCAUACAACCAUGGUCCGUCUCUCUGUGAACUAAAUAAUAUGACACAUUUGCAAGCCCCUUUGGACGAUAUGGAAGCUAGACAUGGAUCUACAUAUCGUGCAAUAUUUUACGUAAGUAAUAUGGUUGAACCAGGGGCAUUAUAUCAUAUCGGAAGUAUUCAAACAACUUUUGAAUUUUAUUAUUGAUUUUUUCUUAAUUAUUCACAUUUAUUUAUUUUAUUUAUUUUUCUAUCUAUUAUCAUAUUAUUUCCACAGAAUCCUUGUCUGAAUGGUCCAUGUCUAAAUGGCGCAACCUGCCAAACAGGAUUUGGAAGUCAUUGA